UUUUAGAGCAUUUCAAUGGUGAAAGUUACUGGAUUACAGAUGGUACAUAAAUUAUUUACAAUGACAGGAAUGUCAUGAACAAUACUAUAUCUCAAAGGCCUUCAAAGGCCUCCUGCUGUGUUUCUGUGUCAACUCCAGGUUUUCUGGCACGUAAACGAGAAACUUUAACAUCAAGAGGAGUUUAGAAGGAACAGAUACUAGAAUUUAGGCAUUUUAGAAAACAGUAUAAGAUUAAAUGGAAGUUGGCAAAAUAUUGGCUGGAAACAUCUACAGCAGAGAGGAGAUUAAUUUGACUGUUUUGUCUAAAAAGCAUUAGAAAACUCUGAAAAUUGGGCACAAGACAAUAUCAUGAAAUGUCUCUCUUUUUUGCACUACAAUGAUCCUUAGUUUACCAUCAUAUACAGCCCAUAAAAACAGUAAAUUCUCACAUUUGAGAACCCAAAAGUAGUUUGCCAUUUUUGCUCAGAGGGACCUAGUUGUUCAUCAGAAUAGCAGCUCAGCCUUUCAUUUCAAGGUUGCACAAAAUUAAACGACUGCUUUGUUUCAUGCUUGGCUGACUGCUUUGCCAUGAAAAGUCGAAUUUUGUAGAAUCUGCAGAGAAGUAGCAGAACAAACGAGGGGAAGGCAAGUUCAGUCCAUUUUUCAGUAAUUCAGAUACCAAAUUCACACAGUAUGUCUUAUUUUUAUGGUAUGAUCUGUGUUUUUUUUCUUUUGCAAAUGUUAACCUCUUAAUAUGGCUCAUUUUUGUUUCUCAGACAGACGGACAUUGAGAGAAACUGCUGUUUGGUUUUCUCUCUACAUUCUUUGCUCAUCAAAGAUUUAGGUCCAGUGACUGACUUAAUAUGAAACUUUAAAACAACAAUUUUUCAGUAGUUUAGAUGCCAAGUUUAUACUGUACAAUGUACAGUGUACAUCAUAUUUUUAUAGUAAUUCUAUAAACUCACAACUACCUUCUUCUGCUGCAUCUUUGCACAAGUUAAUGUCUUUAUAUGGUUCAUUUUUAUCCCCCAGUUUCAUCCAAAAUGUCAGAUACAGCAGACACCUUCACAUUCAGACACCACUUGGUUGUGAUGUGUGUGAUCAAUCUCAAUAAUUUACCGAUGAAUUUUGUCACAAGUUUGUCCAGUUAUUGAGAGACACUGCAAUUUGGUUUUCUUUCCACAUUCUUUUCUAAUAAAAGAUUUCGUUUCAGUGGCUGACUGUGAAACUUGUCCUCAGCCUUUAGAACAACCAUGUUCAAACAUAGUGCAUUUUAUAUAUAGGGUGUCAUCUGCUGGUCUUUUGGGGUUUUUUCAUCUUUUGCAAAUUUAAACCUCUUUAUAUAUUUCAUUUUUGUCCACCAGUUUCAUCCAGAAUAUCAGACACAGCAGACGCCUUCACAUCCAAACAGACACCUCCUGGUUGUGAUGUCUCCUCACUACCUCCACCAUACCUACCAAGAACAGCAGCCUCCAGUUUAUUCUGCACCCCCAGCCACCUACAAUCCACCCAAAAUUGACACCCCCUGCAGCUAUCAGCCCUCAGCUGGAUACGAGUCUUUCCGUGACAUAAACCCUGAAGCUGCAUCCGACACGACUCCAUUUAUGUCCUCAUCUUCUUUCGAUGACAAAACAGUGAGGAGAGGGUUCAUAAGGAAGGUGUUCAGCAUCCUGAUUCUGCAGCUGCUCUUCACCUUCAGUCUGGUUUGUGUGUUCACCUUCUCUACCCUGGUCAAAGAGGAAGUUCAGACCAACCUGUGGGCUUAUCUCAGCUCCUUCAUCAUCUUCAUCGUGGUCACCAUCACCCUCAGCUUCUGCAAGUCCUUCAGCCGCCGUCACCCCUGGAACAUUGUGAGCCUGGUUGUCAUCACCCUGAGCUUGUCGUACAUGGUGGGAACCAUCGCCUCAUUUCACGACACCACUGCUGUGGUCAUCACUAUGGGAGAGACGCUGGUCAUUUCUGUCACAAUCGUCGCUUUCUCAGCACAGGUUGCUGGGGUAGUUUAGAAGCUCCUUGGUGGCAAGGCGCCAGGUGUGGACGAGAUCUGCCCUGAGAUGCUGAAGGCUCUGGACAUUGUUGGACUGUCUUGGCUGACACAUCACUACAAUGUCGCAAUGUCGUGUGGGCAUCGGGUACGGUACCUGUGGAGUGGCAGACCGGGGUGGUGGUCCCCAUUUCCAAAAAGAGGUACCGGAGUGUGUUCCAACUACUGAGGUAUCACACUUCUCAGCCUCCCCAGGAAAGUUUACUCUAGGGUGCUGGAAGGGAAGCUCCGACUGAUUGUUGAACUUUGGAUUCAGGAGGAGCAAUGCGGAUUCCGUCCUUGUCGUGGAACGAUAGAACAGCUCUUCACUCUUGUGGAGCUGCUGCGGGGGUCACGGAAGUUUGACCUGCCAGUCCACAUGUGUUUUGUGGAUCUGGAGAAGGUCUAUGGCCGUGUCCCUCUAGGGGCUCUGUGGGGGGUACUGCAGGA